CUCGCCGCGUCUCUUCAAUGUGUUUACCGAGAGUGUAUUGAGAUGUUUCUUUGCCUUGACUGGCGUUUGACAUUGGUUUCCUAUCCCGUAAUAACUGCGGCAUUAAAGUUAGUAUGAAGAUAGGAGGCUUUCUAGGGAUGCGAUCUCAGGAAAGAAGUCCAGCCUCCAGGCGCCACUUUAAGAAAAAUGACUUGGCUGAGCACCACCAGCUAAGAGGGGAAUUAUGAAAGUGCGAACCUUCCGCUGCUCUGCUUUCUUCUCCAACAUGGAAUUCCGCUCCGCGCGGCUCGCAGUACUGCAACUACUCCGUACGGUGGCUCCGGCGGACCUCCCAGCGCUUCUGCAGUGGAUGCGAACUACCCGAGAUUUUGAUGAAUUCACUCAAGACAAUAAUGAUGUUAUAUUGAAAAACAUAGCAGAAGACCUUCGGAAUUGCUUACCUCUAGAAACCAUGCUUUCCUCAGAACAUCUAGCUCUCCAAAAAAUACAGCAGCAGCCAGAACCCACAGUUCACGUUGAUGCAUUCCUUUAUGAUGAAGACUUUAUUGAUUCAUUAUGUGAGGAAGGAAAAAUGAGCAGAAACUACUGUAUGGUGUGCGGCUCACAUCGGACAGCACCUCUAGGGUUUAUUUCUCAUUCCUUCUCUCUCAUGGAAUUGAAAUUCAUUUAUCGUCACGUACUCCCUGAUCUGUCGGGAAAGGUCUUGGUUGACGUUGGCUCCAGGCUUGGCACCGUCCUUUAUGGGGGUUAUCUUUACAGUUCAGCAUCACAACUGUAUGGAGUAGAACUGAAUGGAGACUUUUGCCAGUUGCAGGAAAUGAUCAUAAAAAAGUAUCAGUUCACUGACAGAAUAAAGGUGCUUCAUGCGAACAUUUGUACACAAAGUUUACUUCUGCAGAAUGCUGAUGUUAUUAUAAUGAAUAAUGUCUUCGAAUAUUUUCUUAAUGAGACAGAACAGGCCAGAGCCUGGGAAUAUAUCUGCCAUAAUGUAAGGAAACAAGGGUCGUUAUUGGUGACAGUACCAGGCCUGGAAGAUUCCCUCUCGGGUCUUCAGGUUAAUAUACAGUUAUCUCCUUGGGUUGAAGAGAUACCGCUGAACUAUGAUGUAUUCCCAGAAAAGGAUAUUGACAGAGAAGCUCUUGAACAAAUACAUUUAUACAAGAUUCUCUGAAACUAAAAUAGUCCUGCCUUGGUGUAAAAUAAUUACAAAAUAAUUUAAAAGAAAAAGAAUUUCAGUAUCCUAACACACAUUAUUUCCUGUGUAUUCCUUUCUUGUGUUUGUACAUAUGCUUGCAUGUUUGUAAAUAGUUGUAUGUAUAUAUAUAUAUACAACUUUGUGUGAUACUUUUAUUAAAAUAUUUAUCUGAAAAAAA